AUGGGCGCAAACGAUGCUGCAUACGGUGCUAUCAUUCCGUACCUUGAGGAGUACUACGAUCUAACAUAUGCUGUCGUCUCGCUAAUAUUUCUAUCUCCGAUGAGCGGAUAUAUCAGUGCUGCACUCCUGAACAACUGGCUGCACGUUCGCUUUGGUCAACGGGGUAUCGCUUUCCUUGGACCUGCUUGUCAUCUAGUGGCCUACCUAGGCAUUGCUCUUCAUCCUCCAUACCCUGUUUUGGUGGUUCUGUUCAUCUUCUCAGGAUUUGGCAACGGUAUCGAAGACGCAGCCUGGAAUGCUUGGGCAGGCAGCCUGGCUAAUGCAAACGAGGUCUUGGGAUUCCUGCAUGGCUUAUACGGGCUUGGAGCUUUACUUAGUCCGCUUGCUGCUACCAGCCUGAUUGCUAAGCGUGGAUGGCAGUGGUAUCAGUUUUACCACAUCAUGCUUGGUGGCGCCUGCAUUGAGCUUGCGACAUCGCUUUGGGCAUUCCGAUCGAGUUCAGCUCAAGUGUAUUGUCAAAAAUCACUUCACGCGAAUGCAGAAGGUGAAGGCCGUCUUAAGCAGGCACUCAGCAGUCGCGUUACCUGGAUUGCCGCUAUCUUCCUCUUCGGGUAUGUCGGAGCUGGGGGAGCGCUUGGAGGCUGGAUCGUUACCUUUAUGCGCCGGGAGAGAGCAGGCGGCGAAUUCGAAUCUGGGAUUGUCGCGACCGGGUUCUGGACUGGCAUCGCUACUGGCCGCUUCUUCCUCGGUCCGCUCUUUCCCGCUGUCAUAGUCAUAGCGACCAAAGCUCUCCCACCACAUCUUCACGUCUCCGCGAUAGGCUUUGCUGCUGCGAUAGGUGUCGGCGGAGGUGCUGCGUUACCCUUUGCUAUCGGAUUGCUUGCUCAAGCGAAAGGCCUUGGUGUCUUACAACCCAUCAUUCUGGCUGUUCCCGCAGCUCUCUUAGUCUUGUGGCUCUGCUUCCCGAAAUUGGAAAAGAGAAAGACGGGAGGAACAGUGUCACUGCCCACGCUGGAAGAACGCAGCAAGCAGUGGCUCAACGUUGAUAUUGAUCUUGUCGAGAUAAUGAGACGCGCCAUUGCGAGGGCUUGA